GGCCCUACAUUCUCUUGGAUCUGUUAGGAACACUUGCACUUGGGUCUGUUAUUUAUUCACUGUCUUUUUCUUCUCUGCUCAGGAGCAGUGGGUUUAGAAGGAGCUGACAGAAGGACUGCUACCAUGGCUGAUGGCAUAGGAACCACCUGUCUUAUGGUCAUUCUCAUCCUGGGGAAUAUAUUUGGAGCUGCAGCAGGUCUUGCCCUUUGCGCUCUGGCCAUCUGGGUUGCAGUAGAUGAUUACAAGCUCUACCCAAUAUCUAGUGUGUCGGGGAAGGAUGACAUCUUUGCCGGGGCCUGGAUUGCCAUUUUCACAGGCUUUGCCUUCUUCUGCAUGUGUGUCUUUGGUAUCUUGGCUGCUGCGAUGAAGAGCCGUGCCUUAAUGCUAACAUAUCUGAUCCUGAUGUUGAUCAUCUACAUAUUUGAGUGUGCCUCGUGUAUCACUGCAGUCACCCACAGAGACUAUUUGGUUGGAAACAGUAAUCUGGUGAAGAAGCAGAUGCUGAAGUACUAUGCAGCCGACGGUGACUCUGGCAGUCGGAUCACACUGACAUGGAACAAAGUGAUGAAUGAGGUGGAGUGUUGUGGAACAGAUGGCCCAAUGGACUGGAUAGAGUACAACUCCACCUUCAGGGAGAAGUUUGGUACAGCCUACCCCUGGCCCACCUACUGCUGCAAGAGGAAGAACAACUACGAGGUGGUGAAUGUAGAGGCCUGCAAGAACGGCCAGGACACCAUCAUGUUCACUAAGGGCUGCUUCAACCACAUUGAGUCUGUGUUCAGUCGAUAUACAUGGGCUAUCAGUUGGUAUGGUUUCGCUGUGCUAAUGUUUAUGUUCUGUCUGUUGAUCCUGGCCAUGGUGUACUACCUGAUUCUGUGAGAAGUCUGGAGGUGAUGUCUCUAACCCAUGUUUUUGACUUUCUGCUGAAGCCACACCAACCCUAAUUUCAGCAACUACAGUGCAUUGCAAAGGUAUUCCCACCCUUGGCGUUAUUUUGAUGAAUUACAACCUGUAAUUUAAAUCGAUUUUUAUUUGGAUUUCAUGUAAUGGACAUACACAAAAUAGUCCAAAUUGGUGAAGUGAAAUUUUAAGAAUGACUUGUUUAAAAAAAAAAAUGUAAGAAUUUAAAACGGAUAAGUGGUACGUGCAUAUAUAUUCAACCCCUUUGCUAUGAAGCCCCUAAAUAAGAUCUGGUGCAACCAAUUACCUUCAUACGUCACAUAAUUAGUUCAAUACAGUCCACCUAUGCGCAAUCUAAGUGUCACAUGAUCGGUCACAUGAUCUCAGUAUAUAUACACCUGUUCUGAAAGGCCCCAGAGUCUGCAACACCACUAAGGGGCACCACCAAGCAAGUGGCACUAUGAAGAUCAAGGAUCUCUUUAAACAGGUCAAGGACAAUGUUGUGGAUAAGUGCAGAUCAGGGUUGGGUUAUAAAAAAAUAUCUGAAACGUAGAAAAUCCCACGGAACACCAUUAAAUCCAUUAUUAAAAAAUUGAAAGAAUAUGGCACCACAACAAACCUGCCAAUAGAGGGCCCACCAAAACUCACGGACCAGGCAAGGAGGGCAUUAAUCAGAGAGGCAACAAAGAGACCAAAGAUAACCCUGAAGGAGCUGCAAAGCUCCACAGCGGAAAUUCGAGUAUAUGUCCAUAGGACCACUUUAAGCCAUACACUCCACAGAGCUGGGCUUUACGGAAGAGUGGCCAGAAAAAAAUAAGCAAACAGGUUUGGUGUUUGCCAAAAGGCAUGUGGGAUACUCCCCAAACAUAUGGAAGAAGGUACUCUGGUCGGAUGAGACUAAAAUGUAGGUUUUUGGCCAUCAAGGAAACCACUGUCUGGUGCAAACCCAACACAUCUCAUCACCUCGAGAACAGCAAAAACACCAUGUUUUUCAUUGGCAGGGACUGGAAAAAUGGUCAGAAUUGAAGGAAUGAUGGCUGGCGCUAAAUACAGGGAAAUUCUUGAGGGAAACCUGUUUCAGUCUUCCAGAGAGUUGAGACUGGGAUGGAGGUUCACCUUCCAGGAGGACAAUGACCCUAAGCAUACUGCUAAAGCAACACUCGAGUGGUUUAAGGGAAAACAUUUAAAUGUCUUGGAAUGGCCUAGUCAAAGCCCAGACCUCAAUCCAAUUGAGAAUCUGUGGUAUGACUUAAAGAUUGCUGUACACCAGCGGAACCCAUCCAACUUGAAGGAGCUGGAGCAGUUUUGCCUUGAAGGAUGGGCAAAAAUCCCAGUGGCUAGAUGUGCCAAGCUUAUAGAGACAUACCCCAAGAGACUUACAAAUGUAAUUGCUGCAAAACGUGACUCACAAAGUAUUG